UCAUAGAAUCAGAAAGGCUGUGUUAUUUCACUUCUCUUUCAUUAUAUCUCAUAUUCCAAAUUUCUCCUAUUUAUGAACAAGACGCACCACAAAUCCUAAAUUAACCUUACAACAAAAAUGAAACGUUCUUCACCAUUCGAUAAUACAACACACCCAUCCUCCUAUUAUUACAACUCCAAUUCUAUUUUCAACUCUUUCUUUUCCCUUAACAAUUCAACAACAUCAAUAACAUUCAUAAAUAGCUCUUUGGAAACCAUGAGAAGAAAGCCACGAGCAACGUUCUUAAUCUCUCUACUUGCCAUCGUUUUGUUCGCAGCUUACUCUCUUCUUCUCUCUCGUGAUGCCGUUUCCCAUUGGCAACCCGAUUUCGACCUCGACGAUCUCCCAAGGAAGCUCAACGCAAAAAAUCAUGUUUCCGUUAAUCACAAUAAUGCUAAGAAAAAUCAUAUCGUUGAUAACGAGUUUCAGCAUCAAUCACGCCGAGUUUCGUCCAUUAACUUCAAACAAUCUUUCUCAACGGUUUCCGUUUUGUUACCUGAUUGGGAGAUUCUUCUUCUGGUUUCGCCGAACACGCCGUUAUCUUCUUCUUCCGAUCAGUUUAACUGUCUUUUCCAGAACAAUCACGUGUCUCCGGCGAGAUUCUCCGGUGUUUUACCUUUCACCAACCGUACAACGUUCAAGUGCGACAUGCCGGAGUCAGCUCGGCGUCGGAGAAUAUUGUCACAGCCUAUGCUGGUGACUGGAGAGUCAGAGAAUGAAUCUCAUGAUCAAUAUCCGGCACCGGAGCUUCUCAGAUGGAAUUUUCUCGUGUACGAGUCGUUUUCCACGGAAGACGACGUCGUUUUGUUCGCCAAAGGUGUGACUCAUCGGCAAGGUUACGAUCUGCCUCCAAAGGAAUUCAACUGCGUUUUCCAAAUCGGAAACGAAAUUCGCACCGCCGUAACAAGCUCCGUUCAAGAGGUUUUCCGGUGCCAUCAUCCAGAUCCGUCUCGUUUGGGUUCGAAUUCAAGAAUCGGAGUUUCGCUCGAGAUUAUUGGAAGAAAAAUUGUGGUUCCUUCGGUAGCGUAUUACAUACCGAGGCCCAAAUGGAAGCCCAAACAAAACGAUUUCCUCUUGCAAAUGUUUAGGUCCGAGGCCCAUUUACAGGCCCAAUUAGAAACCCAGCCCAAAUAUUUCCUAUGUGCAUGCACCAUGGUUUAUAACAUAGCGAAAUUCUUGAGAGAAUGGGUUAUGUAUCAUUCGAAAAUAGGAGUUGAAAAUUUUUUGUUGUAUGAUAAUGGAAGCAAUGAUGAUUUACAUGGAACAAUCAAAGCGCUUCGUGAGGAAGGUUAUAACAUAAGCACUUUGCUUUGGAUUUGGCCUAAAACUCAAGAAGCUGGAUUUUCACAUAGCAUUCUUUACUCAAAAUCUAAGGGGUUAUGCACUUGGACUAUGUACGUUGAUGUUGAUGAAUUCAUGUAUUCACCCUCUUGGGGUAAAUAUGGUGAUAAUGAAAAUGAGUUUUUACCGUCGUUGAAAUCAAUGUUACCGCAGGAACAGGAUGAUUAUUACAAUGGUAGAGAUGGUAAAAUCGGACAAGUGUCAAUGAUGUGUUUAGAAUAUGGGCCAUCUGGCAAACGACAACAUCCGAUAAAAGGUGUAACACAAGGUUACACGUGUCGGAGAAAAGUGGAACAGAGACACAAAUCGAUUGUGUUGGUGGAAGCGGUUGACAAGAGUUUAUGGAAUGUGAUACAUCAUUUUCAGGUGAAUCAGGGAGAGGGGUUUAGGUCGAAACAACUAGGUCCGGAAGAAGGUUUGGUGAAUCACUAUAAGUACCAAGCGUGGGAUGAGUUUAAGAACAAGUUUAGGAGGAGAGUUUCAGCUUAUGUUGUGGAUUGGAGACAGAAUGUGAAUUUGAAUUCUCAAGAUAGGACACCUGGGUUGGGAUUUGAAGCGGUGGAACCUAAAGAUUGGACACAGAGGUUUUGUGAAGUUAAGGAUGAAAGGUUGAAAAUGUUGACCCGUGAAUGGUUUGGAUCGUUCACGCCUAAUGGAUUUAGAAUGGCUUGGCAAAUUAGAUGAGGAAUUUUUUUAUUUUUUUCAUUCAUUGUUUGGUUCUUGAUGGAAUAGCUUUUUUGAUUAGGUGGGGACAGAUUGUGAUUAUUAUAUGCAUUACAAACAAAAUUAAAGAUAGAUAAAUACAAUACAUACAGAGGAAAAGUUGAAUUGAAAUGGAUUGGAUGGGGUGGAUUUAAUUAUUAUUACGGUUAUAUUCCGUUUUGUUUUUUCUAUUCCAGUUUUUUUAUGCACGGAAUAGAAUUCUUGUACUCUUCAUUAUCACAUUUGGUGCUUCAUAAAUGAAAUCCACCCCCCUUUUACUUUGCUUUA